AUUACCACAUCCACUUCGUCUUUUGAACAAUACAACAUGCGUGUGUUAAGCGAGAUGUAUAUUUAAAUAUUUUGCGUUUACUCUUUAUUUGCGGAGCUGUUGUAGCAAUAAAGUUAAAAUACAGCCAGCAAGUUAAUUUGCUGAUUAUAAUUUGAACGGUGCACUGUGCUUUAAGCCACAAUGUCCAGUAUCGAACAAGCAACCACCCGCAGCAUCAAGCCUUUCAAGUCCAGCGAGGAGUAUUUGUAUGCGAUGAAAGAAGAUUUAGCCGAGUGGCUGAAGGACCUGUACAGCAUUGAUAUCGCGGUGAACAACUUUCUGGAGAUCCUCGAAACAGGGUCCAUCCUGUGCUACCACGCCAAUAAUGUAACACGUGUAGCAGGGGAGUUCCUCCAGGAGUACGGCGAACAGGCGCGGAGGAUACACAUGCCCACAUCUGGAGUGACGUUCGUCAAUUCUGCACAGCCCGCCACCUUCCUGGCUCGGGACAACAUCUCAAAUUUUAUAAACUGGUGUCGGAAACAGAUGAAUAUUAAAGAUGUUCUGAUGUUCGAGACAGAUGACCUCGUUCUGCGCAAAAACGAGAAGCACUUUGUGCUGUGCCUGCUGGAGGUGGCACGGAGGGCCUCCCGCUUCGGCAUGGCGGCGCCCGUCCUGAUCCAGCUGGAGCACGAGAUCGAGGAGGAGAUCCGGGAGGAGCUGGAUCUGCCUCAGGAGGAGACGCCGCUGCCCAGGCCCCAGCGCAGGAUGUCCGAUUUCAAGAACCUGGAUGAGAUGGUCCAGCAUUUGGUGAGCCGCUGCACCUGCCCGUCUCAGUUUCCCAUGGUCAAGGUGUCUGAGGGGAAGUAUAGAGUGGGGGACUCCAGCACCCUCAUCUUUGUGCGGAUCCUGCGGAAUCAUGUGAUGGUGCGGGUGGGAGGCGGCUGGGACACACUGGAGCAUUACCUGGACAAACAUGACCCCUGCCGCUGCACCUCCCUCGCCCACAAGCCAUCUAAGCUGGCCGGCCCCCAGCGUCCAGCCACCCCCGUGCACGAAAUCAAGACCCGCCUGACGGUGCGCCAAGACGGCCAGGGCGGAGCACCUUCCACGCUGGUGCUGGGACGCACCCAGGCCCCCCUGGCCCCCGUCCACUGGACCCCCUCCGCCCCGUCAAAAGGGCUGAAACCUGUCAGCAAUCCGCCACCCCGCGCCUCUUCCUCUCCAGACCCAGGCCCCCGAACUGCCCGAGAGCUCCGGCCGCCCACUCCCAUCCGACAGAGGGAGAGGUCAGCCACACCCACUCGCAGACCACUGGCCUCAGAGAGCAGGGUUGACUCAACCCACACGGCCUCCACCAGGACAGGCAGAGAGGUCACGCGCGCAUCACCCUCCCCUCGCCUUGCCAGCAGUCUCCCCCGGCCCAUCCAGCCCUCCCCAGCCUCGCAGCCAGAGACCCAGAGACCCAAAACACCACUGGUCUUCCAGAGGAGCCCGGGCCAGCUCUCCCUCCACCCGCAGCCUUCCCCAGACUCCAGGCUAGCCCAGACCUGGACCAAAUCCCAGUUUUCCUCCAAGCUGAGGCAGAGUGCUACAUCCAGCACAAAGAGCACAGAGUCCCAAAACAGAGCCCCCAGCCCAGUUAACACACAGAGGCAAGGAGGGCCAGUUUCCGCCCGGCCCUUCACGCCAUUACGGUGCCGCAGCCCCAUCAAGAACGUCCAUCCUGGCCCUAGACAAACUGCCGUGCCUGCCCAGCACACUGAAGACAACAGCCCGCCAGAGGCCCUACAAUUCAUUCGCUCCUUUAGUCCAACAAAGCAGAUGAGAGGCAACAUAUUGGGAGAACCGGAAGUGAGACCCUUUACACCUGUCCGGAGAGGCCAGAGGGCAAGCGGUGCGGUGGACCAGUCAGUCCAAAGGAAACCCUCCCCUGACAGCUCCCAGGAAGCCCCUCUGAGCAGCAUUUUAAAUGGAGACACCACACAGAAGAGAAAGCAGGGCUGGAGAAGCUCAGCACACAAUGCAUCAAUGUUCCCUGCUAAACAGGGGGACUCCCUCAACACUAGCACAAUUUGCGUCAGCGUUAUAGCAUCUGACAGUCUGGCUACCGAUCUGCGGGACUUUCAGGAGCUCAGCAGUGCAGACAGAGAGGAGGAUGACAGGGAAGGUGAAAGGGAGUGUCUCUUCCCUCCACCACCCAUCAGCCCUGCUCAAGAGGCCAGUCUGUACCAGAGCCUGGAGCACGAGAUCCUGUGCAACAUGCAGCUCCUCGGCAUGGACUCAGGUGAUGACAACAGCUCUGAAGACACCCAGGAAAUCUACAAGCCGGAGCCUCAGCAUCAGCACGAGCACCCUGCUGAAGAUUUCUCUCUCUUCUCCACCUCCAAGCCAUCUCUUUCUGUCUCGCGGUACACUGCUCAGGGCAUGCCCAGAUCCGAUUCCAGUGAUCCCAGUGAAGUCAGCCGUGAGGUAACCACCAAGCCCUCUGAAGGGAAGAUGCCACUCGACAAGGUAGAUGUGCAAAGCUGGGUGGCUACACUCCCCGGCAGCUCCAGAACCAUUCCCCAAGCAAGUCGUGAGGAGGCGGGCUCAGGUCACCUCACAGUGGUGAAACCCAACAUGACAAGCUCCUGGUCCUCCCUAGGCUCCAGCGUGGAUUCAAAGGAGCCUAUAGAUGCUGGGAGGCCAGGCUACGCAGAGUAUGAUACCAGUGCAGGAGCAGCCAAGGCCAUUGCGGCUCUUGAGGCCUCCAGCACUGCAUCUUCUGCUGCCACCACAGACAGUCCUACCAAACCCAGGACCCCGUCCUUCAAGCAGAAGAGGGCCCUGAAGAAGCCAGAGAGGGUGCCGUCCAUCUACAAGCUGAAACUACGGCCCAGGGUCCGACCCCGACGGGACCACAGGCCUGAGAAGAAGCCCUCUAAGAUCCCCACCCCGCUGUCCUACAGGAGAGGCCAGCCUGGCCGCGACUCGCGAAGGGCCAAAAGGCCUGGGGGCCGAGUCACUAGCCCUGACCUACGCGAUUCACACUGCUCUUCCCCUACCCUCCAACCCGGCCCCACGGCUGCCAUACGCCCCUCACAGGGCAGCUGCCUCAUGAGGGCUAGGGCCACCACAACAAAAUCACUAGAGGAGGGGCUGGGGAACCAAGAGCAGGAAUCCUGGGUGUGACUGCCUGCUUACAUCACUCUUAUGCUUCGCACUUAAUAGCGGGGUAAUUUGCAUCAAAAGUGUCUCAGGGAAAUAAGCUCAUACCACCAGUACACUCAUAUUUAGCAGUGGCAGGAAAUACUUAACAAGAUAUUAAUGUACUAACAUACAUGU